AAUUUUCUGUGCGUAAAACUUGAACAUGGCGGCUUGCAGCACCACAUCUCAGGAAAAGUCUAUUCCGGAUUACACUGAAGAUAAAUACAAAGGCGUGUGCAAAAUAAAACAGGAGUAUAUCAUUGAAGACCACGUGAGAGUGUUGGCCGAGACCUGUCUGUCAGAAGAAGACAAACAAAAAAUCAAUCAGCUGAGCAGUAAUGCCGAUGAUGACACAAGUGUGCCGGCGAAUCAAUGCGCCAAGUUGGGCUCGGAGGAUGACGAAAUGAUUAGCGUGAGUGUGAAGAAAAAAAUAAUUGACAAUGACAGAGAGGAUGAACCGGAUGUCAAGCGAAUCAAGAUAGACGAGCGCCGGGAAAAAUUGAAAGGACAGAACAAAGCGCGUCCACCCCCGUUCAAAACUGCGAGGGAACGAAAUCUGUGUCCUUGGAUAGUAGACCAGGCUGUUGGAGAACCUGACAAAAAAUGCCCGUCUCCGAAGUGCACGUUCAUGCACGACCGCGAAGCUUAUUUGAAAAUCAAAGAGCCUGACAUUGAUGAAUUCUGUUACUUGUUCAGUCUAAUGGGCCGCUGUCCACGCGGUGCGGCUUGCAGAUACGCCUCUCAGCACCUGACCAAAGAAGGUUACAAUAUCGUUGAUAAAGAAAAGUCUGAGGCGUUUAUGAAAAAACCCCCGGCGACGAAGAAUAAAAUUUUACCGGGAUUGCAAGAGAAAUUACGCAAGCGUAAGUAUAAUUUCAAUGCAGCCGAAAAAAUUGUCAAGGCCAAUGACGGAAGUGGCCCGAAAAAAUUGUGCAAUGGAAUUACAUUAGCAGACAACAGUGGAAGUGGAGAUGGAGAUGAAAAUGCUGAAAAAAGGCUUGGUGCUGUUCCGGACCAUGACUUGAUCAAGCUACGGCCUUGCGAGAAGAAGAAAAUCGAGUGGCGAGACAAGAUUCUGCUGAGUCCUCUUACUACUGUAGGAAAUUUACCUUUCAGGAGAAUUUGCAAAGAGUAUGGAGCAGAUAUCACUUGUGGAGAAAUGGCUUUGGCACCAAAAAUACUUAAAGGUGUCCACGAGGAAUGGGCUUUGGUUAAGAGACACGAAACUGAAGACAUCUUUGGGGUUCAGAUUUGCGGUAACAAUCCCGGAGUGCUGACGCGAUGCGCUCAGCUGCUGGGUCAAGAAGCUGAAAUAGAUUACGUUGAUCUCAACUUGGGUUGUCCUAUUGAUUUAAUUUACAAACACGGAGGCGGUAGCGGAAUGUUAAAUCGUGCAAAUGUACUCCAGAAUGUCGUUAAAUCUAUUAGUCAAGUUCUUGACAUUCCUAUGACAAUUAAAACACGCAUGGGUGUUUACAUGGACAAGCCAAUUGCUCACAAUCUUAUGCCGAAAUUCCGAGACUGGGGAGCAUCAAUGGUCACUGUCCACGGAAGAUCACGAGAGCAGAGGUACACCAAGUUAGCAGAUUGGGAUUACAUUGAAACGUGUGCUAAAAAUGCAGACCCGAUUCCCGUCUUCGGUAACGGAGAUAUUCUGAGUUACGACGAUUAUCAACGAGUAAGAUCAAGUUACCCUACAGUACAGGGUAUUACUAUUGGACGCGGCGCUUUGAUUAAGCCGUGGAUAUUUACUGAGAUAAAAGAAAAAAAGAUUUAUGACAUAUCUAGUUCUGAGAGGCUGGACAUACUGAAAAAAUACGCUCACUAUGGACUAGAACAUUGGGGCUCUGAUACCAGAGGUGUUGAGACCACGCGCAGAUUUAUGUUAGAGUGGAUUUCAUUUUUACACAGGUAUAUACCAGUAGGUAUUUUAGAAAAACCACCGCAGAGGAUAAAUGAGCGGCCGCCUUAUUACAAAGGCCGCGAUGAACUUGAAACAAUGAUGGCCAGCUCUAAUUGCGCUGAUUGGAUCAAAUUAACAGAAAUGUUUUUGGGAAAAAUACCAGAGGGCUUUCACUUUCUGCCAAAGCACAAAGCCAGUUCAUGGAAAUAAUUAAAUACAAAGUUUAUCUCUAUCUCUAUUAUUAUUAAUUUAAUAAUAUUUUUAUUAUUUACUGUGACAAUAAUUUCCGUAUUUUUCAAUGCCAUUAUUUUUAUUAAUAAAAAUUGAACGGAUUUAUUUAAAAUAAAUUUAUUCAAAGGUC